AUGUCAUCCGGCGGCGAUAACCACCACCAGGCCAAGCCAAAACGAGAUGAGCCAACAACACCUAGGGUUCUUACCAUUUUAUCUUGUGUACUAGAGAAGCUAGUGGCACGUAAUGACCAGCUAGUUCUUGGCUCGGCUCAGCUCGGGAAGAGCUUGAACGCCUUCCAUGGCGUGAGAGCACCGAGUAUUACGAUUUUGAAUUAUAUAGAGAGAAUAUAUAAAUACACGAAUUGUAGCCCGUCGUGUUUCGUGGUAGGCUAUGUGUAUAUAGACAGGUUGGUGCAUAAGUAUCCCGACUCGCUUGUGGUGUCAAUCAACGUUCAUAGAUUGCUCGUUACAAGUGUCAUGGUGGCUUCCAAGAUUCUCGAUGAUAUGCACUAUAACAAUGCAUUUUACGCCCGUGUUGGUGGAGUGACCAAUACAGAACUGAACACGCUCGAAACCAAGCUGCUUUUCCUGUUAGACUUUGGAGUAACAGUAAGCUCUCGAGUAUUCGAAAGCUAUUGCCAGCACUUGGAGAAGGAAAUGUUGUGUAAUGACGCAACACGGAUGAUUGAAAGGCUAGCAAUCUCCAACUCUGUUGAUGAUGUUACUGAAAUCUCUGUCGAAGAUACACAAACUUCUUCACCACCGCAGAUUUUAGACUGA